GGGCCCUCUGCACCGCCGGCGCUCCGCUGGGUUUGGGGCUUCCUCGCGGCCCCCAAGGGCGCGUCUCUCCUCCACCAUGGCAUCAGUUUCGAAUGUCAAGAAAUCCAGAGCUCUUGAAAGAACCAUUGUCGUUGCUGGUCUUCCUGUUGGCCUUUUGAGUGAUCAGUUGCUGACUACAUUAGUGGAGACUUACUUCCGAGACGUUAAAAAUGAGGGUGGAGAUAUUGAAGAUGUGAUAUAUCCAACAAGAACCAAAGGAGUUGCAUAUGUAAUAUUCAAAGAAAAGAAAGUUGCAGAGAAUGUUGUCAGACAAAAGAAACACCAUCUAGCAAUUCAGAAGACGGUACAUGCUGAACUCACAGUCUCUCACUUUAGUGAAAAGGUCUUCAGCUCUGUGAAAGCUACCCUUGAUCUUUCUGUUUUUCGUGGUCAAAUUAUCCUGGAAAGCCUGGUAAUAGACCUGAAAAAGAAAAUCCCAACUUUAAACUUCAGUCCCUUGGGACCUGGAGGAAGAAUAUCUGUGGAAGGACCCUUUCUGGCUAUCAAGAAGCUCAAAGAGUCUUUGCUAUCAAAAGCAAGUUCUCUUUUAGAAAAAAACAGGAAUGUUAUGACUGAAGGGAGAAAACAGAACAGACAAAGCCCCCAAAAGAGUCUACAGAGCAGUGAUAACUUGGUGGAGACGCUCAGGCCCUUAGUACCUGAAACUGUUAGAAGCUCAGAAAUGCUUGUGAUGGACACAGAUGUUUUCCUUUACCUGAAAUGGAAGUGUGGGUUUUAUGAAAUCACACUGAACAAAUUUAAUAUUCUAAGUCAGGAGAGGGUGGAUGGUGACGUCACCACUAUUUGUCUAGCAAGUGCUCAAGGUGAUUCUGGGCCAAACAGUGCACAGCAUGUAAAGGAGCUCAUUGAGGAAUGGGCUCAGGGUCUUCACUCUGAGCUUAGGAAAGAGACAUUCACUUUGGAAGGAAAGGGAAAUAGAGAGAAGAGAAAUAUUGAACGGGCAUGUGAACAACUACAAUCAAGAUACCUUAGGGUUCUGAUUAAUUUUCAUAAGACACACAUUGACAUUAUAGGUUCUUCUCCUGACACUUACCUAUUUAAAAAAGAGGUCAUGAAAUUAAUAGGGCAAAAGGUUAGUUAAUAAAAUCUCAGUCAUAGAUGUUAAUAGUGCCCUUCCCUUACUGAGUAGUGACUAUACCAUCCAUGUACCACUCUAUCUAGCUCACAUUUCACCUUUGGUCACCAUCUUUCUUUGUGAGCAUUACUAUCCUUAUGUUGUAGGGGAAGAAACUAGGAUUUGGGGAAAUUAAAACUCUUGUGAAUUUAUUCAGCUAACAAGGAAUGAGACUGGAAACCUAGGAAUGGGGACCUAGUCUAUCUGAUUACAAAGAUAAUAUCUAAAUAAAACUUUGGAAAAACUAAACUUCCAAGAAAUCUCAUAUUCUCUGGAAAUCCAAAUUAUUAGAAAAGAAGUAGCCUUAACACAUGAGAGUUUGGAUGAUCAUUAUGCCUGUUGGCAAUUUGUUAAUAGUUACCAAGUCUGUAUUUACUCAUAGAAUUAGAAUGAUAUCAAAAAACUUGGGAAACUACUUGGAAAGUA